GGGAAGGAAUAAAUCAUGUUGUGGUUUACAAAAAUCAAUCAUCCUGGAAUAUAAGCAAGUCCUGCCUCACCAUUUAUCUUACACUCUCCUCCCAGUAGGUAGGAAUAUAUGCAAGUAAAAGCUUGUAUAAAAUAUAUUUUGCUGCAUAUUGCAUCUUUGAAAUGCGACAUCAACAACUUGCAUUUAAAUAGUGCCCUUCACAUAGAGUAACAUCUCUCAGCACUUGACAGGAAAGGAAGGAGUGGGAAGACGGUCAUCUCAGAGGGCACCUCUACAGAGAUUGAAGGAAACUGUUGGUUCAAGAGUUGAAGGUCAUAUGGGAGCAAAACAACCGUUUCACAGUAUGUGUCUGGAAGAUGGGGGAGAAAGCCAGCUCCAAUUUUAUAAGAAAAUUUAAAAAUAUCACAUGUCUGCUCAGAAAUGCAGAAUUUUCCAUUACGAGUAAAACUAUAAUAGAGGAUUAGAUAAGAAGGUAGUGUUUUCUAGCCUUUACUAUAAAGCCUCCAUCUCGACAUCGAUAGAGUGGGAUGUGCAGUGCCCACAAGCUAGAAGUAUAAUAACAAACUACUGAAUGCAAAUUUUCUAUUUUUAGUUUGGUCUACCUCAAAGUACGCAUUUAUGCACAAAAACUCUAUAGUUAUAUAUUUACCAACCAUGUAUCACCAACAGUGGCAACUGGUGUCAUGAAGAGUAUAAGGAAAAGGUCACUGACUGCACUUUCACAAACAGAAAUACAGGAUGAAGGGAAUCAAAGUGUGAACGAGGGCUGGCAGAACGUAACAGAAUGCACCACAAGUCUCAAACUCGAUGGGAAUAUGGAAAUCUCUACUAUGUCGGAUAAUUCUGCAACAACUGCGGGGAGUGAAUCAAAGGAUCAAGAUUGUAUGGAGAAGCAAGACCUCAGGGACAUGAUCACAAUCCCAAAUGGCAGAACAAUGGCACAAGAUAAUGAAUGUUUCAAAGCAAAAGCAACCGGUUGCAGUGAGCCAAUUACUGCUGGUCUGGAAGGGCACCUGCACGAUCCCAGUGGGAAAGUAAAUGAAAGCUUAAGCACAGCUGGUUCAAUGGGUGUUGGAAACAAAAACGAUUUGCAAAUGAAUAUUGAUAAUGCACCAAACGAAUGUGCUGAAGUAUUUUCUGCACCCAAGGACGCAGAAAGCAGUGAUUUAUGGAGUGACUUCAUGCAGUUUAACACUUUCUGUGAGACGUCUUCAAGGACAAAUGAUCAGAAAGCAGAGAGAAACUGUCUGCUGCCGAGUUCUGAAGUUCCCACUGCCAGGUUCAAGAGUUGUAGUUUCCCAGAUCAGCAUCAGAACUUAUCCCAAAUUCAAAAAUGUACCAUUGAGCCAUGUCCUUUUGCACCAGUUAUCAAUGGCUGUUCACUGAAGCCUGAUGCGUUAAAAUUAGACAUCCCUAGGAAAAGGGAGGAGGAAUUGCCUAACAGGAAUGAUGUAGACCUGUCUGCAGAGCAGUGCCUCACCAGUCCAUCAUUAAAAUGGAAGGCAUUUAAAGAUGAUAUACCAUCAAUAAAUGAGACAGCGGGCUGCAGUAAAAUGGGCUUGUCAGACUGCGGUAUAGAUGGAACACCAUUACCUGCUAGCAAUUCUCUCUUUCAAAAACAAAAUUAUUUUCAUGCCAGCUCAGCUCUUAAGGCAAAUACAGCAACUCACUUGGAAAGUAUUUUUCAGAGCUCCUUUCCCUUUGUAUGUGAGAAACAUUCCUUUGAAAACAUACCGACGCUUGAGGAAUAUCUUGGGAUAAAUGGAGAGGGAAAUGGUGCAAAUAAAGAGAAGCCAUCAACCAGAUUUGUAAGUGCAUGGGGAGCCACUGUGGAUUUAAAUAGAUCGGUUUUAAGAUCUUGGUGGAAUGGAUCGCAUGCUCGAGAGAAUCUUCUUUCCACAUUGGGCGUUGCCCAGUAUCAAAAAUUUCCAGGGGAGAAUGUGCUCUCCCCAUCAACCUUGGAGAAGAUUGGGGCAUGUCCAAUGGUUACUGCCUUACCUGAAGAUGGCAACAAGCCACUAAUCCAGACCAGGAUCUCAAUACCUCCGAAGCAAAGAAAUGGUCAUACUUUCACCCAUCGGUUGGAGUCUACAUUUUUACAGUGGCUGCAAACUGAUGGAAAGAGAGUACGAACAAAUCCAAAUGUAAAGGAGAAUUCACAGUUUCUGUGAUGCAAAAGUAAAAUAUUUCUCAUUUAGCCUUGAUGCUUUUCCCUCUGUUCCUCCAUCAACUGAGAUUAACCCAAAUAUUAGUGUAAACUUUUAUCUUUUCAAUCAUUAC